CUCAAUGACUUGAAGUGACAUCAAGUAAAGAGCUGAUAAUCUGCCAAAUAAGGACAGAUGUUCCCGACUUCUCUCUGCGUCCAAGAGGAAGUGGUGACUGAUCAUGUGGUCUGAAAUGUCUUGACUGCUUGACAGAUGCACUUUCAUUCCUUCAUGAAGUCAGCCUUUGAAUGUGUGGCCUUCCCUGAUGUCCAACCAGCUGACACAAUCUGUUCUGAUGUCUCGUGUGUGUCCUUCAGGUGCUCAGCAGACAGUCACUGGUUCUGGACAGGUGGACAUCAGCACAUAUCCCAUUACAUUUUAUGGAGUGACGUACACACGACUUUAUGUGAACUUCAUGGCUGACAAGUUUACAGUGUGUUUCACCACCUUUUAUGACCCUCAAGUCAAACAGGACUGUAUUGUGUUGCCUCCACCCUCGAAAAGCAGUGCUGAAGUCGGUUCUUAUGGACCAAGUGAUCGACUUAAUAAUUAUCAUCGCUCACUUGUCCCAACUAUUAAGAACAAUCAUGAAGGCCAGAUUGAAUUUCACGACUUUACAGACACAGGAGCUAUGCUGAUUCUAGUUAACUUUGGAACACAAGCAACUCUGUAUUACUAUGAGGAUGGCACACCUGAUCCAUUUGUGAUUACGACUCUGGUCAAUGGUGAGACAUUCGACACAUUCAACGUCAACACAAUUUACACUGAUGAUGAUUAUAUGGAGGAUGCGUUCGACAUCAGUGGAUGCAGACAGUCAGGUGUUGUAUAUAGAGCAGGUGAAGCUGUGAGCAUUGACCCAGAAACCUGCUCCUACUGCGAUGAGACUGUAGCCAUCCAAACUGCUACCUGUGGCCCCCUGGAGCGUUGUCAACAAAACGGAAUGUGUGCUCUGGACACCAUCUGCACCGUGACGGGCCCUACUGUCAUUGACUUUCACGAACAGCUCAACUCUGUCCAGGAUCGGUGCACGUACACUCUGAUGACGGAUUCCUCAGUGCCAGACUUACACAUCAUGGCAAACUUCCGUGAACACCGUCGUAAAGAUGUGAGCUUUGUGGACAGUGUGACACUGCUGAAAGGACAGACUCAAAUUGACCUGAAACAAGGUGGGAGAGCUCUGGUGAACACCACAACACUGACCCUCAGCAGCUCAGCUCAGACGGUUGAAGGUGUGGAGCUCUCUAAGGACCAAACUACAGUCACCGCCAAAGUGACAGCCUCGAACUUCACCAUUUCUGUCUUCUUUGAUGACCACACAGCACAUAUCACCUUAACUGGAUCCGAUGGACAGAAUCCAUCUCUGCAGGGUUUGUGUGCCAACUCCAGUUCUUUAAGUGAAGUGAAGCUCCCAGAGUUCAACACCAACGGCUGUGAUGUGCAGUACAACGACACUGUGGACAGCACCAUCGACUGUGAAGACAUGACUGAACGCUGUGGUCUCCUGAAUGAGACGAUCUUCAGUUCCUGUCACAGCCACACCGACCCAACGCCCUACAUAACCGCCUGCGCCGACACUUUGUGCAGUUAUCCUGACGUGGACGGUCUCUACUGUCAGUUCAUGGAGGCCUACGCCAGAGCCUGCAGCCUGCGGAGCAACGACACACUGGACUGGAGGACAGAAACGGGCUGCUCCUCCCCUCAGGUCUUCUGUCAGGACAGGAUCUGCAGUGACCACGAGUUCUGUGCUCAGACAGUCGGUGGUGAACCCGCCUGCUUCUGUCGGGCCAUUUUUGCCUCCCCGUACAGAUCGAUAGACUCUUAUGGUACGACAGACUUGUGCAGAGUCCUGAUGCUCAGAGGGAGGACGGUUUUCUCAGAAGGUUCAUGAGAGCUGCUGAUAACGAAC